CGUUAGGUUCGCGUUCAAGCGACGCUGGUGCUUUUCAUUGUUGCGUUAAUGGCGCCGAUUGGUGUUGUGUUUGUCUAAAUCCGGUAUCGGUGUUAUUUUAAUUAAAAAAUCGUUGCUUCACUAAUUUUAAGACCAAAAGUGUGAAUUCAAGCUAAACCGGGCACGAAAUACUUUACUAAACAAGUGUCCCGCAUUCGGGUAUGGCAAUGACUUCUUCACAAGUAAAAGCACAACAGAAUAACAUGGCCGGUAGCGGAUGGCCCCGCAGAAACAGUCAAAAUUCCACCACAGCUGUGGCCCCCACGUCCACGUUCGAGAACAAAUAUUCAGUCACCUCCCCAGCGAUAAACAGGAUAAUUAAUUUGUAUCCUCUUACGAACUAUAUCUUCGGUACGAAGGAGCCCCUUUUCGAAAAGGAUCCAAGUGUUCCGGCGAGGUUUCAACGAAUGAGGGAUGAAUUUGAAAGGAUAGGGAUGAGGAGAAGUGUUGAGGGUGUUUUGCUUGUUCACGAACAUGGUUUACCACAUGUUUUAUUGUUGCAAUUGGGGACGACGUUUUUUAAGUUGCCUGGGGGUGAAUUAAAUCCAGGGGAAGAUGAAGUGGAAGGGCUCAAAAGACUCUUGACAGAGACCCUCGGCAGAUUGGAUGGUGUGAAGCAAGAUUGGUUAGUGGAAGACAUCAUCGGUAACUGGUGGAGGCCAAACUUUGAACCACCUCAGUAUCCAUAUAUUCCACCUCAUAUUACGAAACCUAAGGAACAUAAGAGGCUUUUUUUGGUUCAACUGCAAGAAAAGGCACUUUUUGCCGUUCCGAAAAACUACAAAUUGGUAGCCGCACCUCUCUUUGAGCUUUAUGACAAUUCACAAGGUUAUGGGCCGAUAAUCUCGUCAUUACCGCAAGCCCUGUGCAGAUUCCAGUUUAUUUAUAUGUGAACAAACGAAGGUGUUCGUGAAUGUAUGCAAUAGGAGGAUAAGGAACAAAAAUUGAUAAGAAAAUUAGUGUUUCUUUUGUAAUUUAUAAACUACGUUUACUUUUAAGGAUAGUGUUUCAAGUGUUACUAAAAGAAAAUGAUUUUUCUGUUCCGAGUAAAUUGAUUUAGUACC